AUGGCGGGGCAACUAUUUGCAACACCUUGUCGGAGAAAAGACUAUGGCGGGGCAACUAUUUGCGACACCUUGUCGGAGGAGAAAGACUAUGGGCGGGGCAACUAUUUGCGACACCUUGUCGGAGGAAAGACUAUGGCGGGGCAACUAUUUGCAACACCUUGUCGGAGAAAAGACUAUGGCGGGGCAACUAUUUGCGACACCUUGUCGGAGAAAAGACUAUGGCGGGGCAACUAUUUGCAACACCUUGUCGGAGGAAAGACUAUGGCGGGGCGACUAUUUGCGACACCUUGUCGGAGGAAAGACUAUGGCGGGGCGACUAUUUGCGACACCUUGUCGGAGGAAAGACUAUGGCGGGGCGACUAUUUGCGACACCUUGUCGGAGGAAAGACUAUGGCGGGGCAACUAUUUGCAACACCUUGUCGGAGAAAAGACUAUGGCGGGGAAACUAUUUGCGACACCUUGUCGGAGAAAAGACUAUGGCGGGGCGACUAUUUGCGACACCUUGUCGGAGAAAAGACUAUAGCGGUGCAACUAUUUGCAACACCUUGUCGGAGAAAAGACUAUGGCGGGGCGACUAUUUGCGACACCUUGCCGCGGGAAAGACUAUGGCGGGGCGACUAUCUGCAAAUAUGGGGGGCAACUAUCUGCGACACCUUGUCGGAGAAAAGACUAUGGCGGGGCAACUAUUUGCAACACCUUGUCGGAGAAAAGACUAUGGCAGGGCAACUAUUUGCGACACCUUGUCGGAGGAAAGACUAUGGCGGGGCAACUAUUUGCGACACCUUGUCGGAGGAAAGACUAUGGCGGGGCGACUAUUUGCAACACCUUGUCGGAGGAAAGACUAUGGCGGGGCGACUAUUUGCAACACCUUGUCGGAGAAAAGACUAUGGCGGGGCGACUAUUUGCAACACCUUGUCGGAGAAAAGACUAUGGCGGGGCGACUAUUUGCGACACCUUGUCGGAGGAAAGACUAUGGCGGGGCGACUAUUUGCGACACCUUGUCGGAGGAAAGACUAUGGCGGGGCGACUAUUUGCAACACCUUGUCGGAGGAAAGACUAUGGCGGGGCGACUAUUUGCGACACCUUGUCGGAGGAAAGACUAUGGCGGUGCGACUAUAUGCGACACCUUGUUGGAGAAAAGACUGGUGGGGCAACUAUUUGCAACACCUUGUCGGAGGAAAGACUAUAGCGGUGCAACUAUUUGCAACACCUUGUCGGAGGAAAGACUAUGGCGGGGCAACUAUUUGCGACACCUUGUCGGAGGAAAGACUAUGGCGGGGCGACUAUUUGCGACACCUUGUCGGAGAAAAGACUAUGGCGGGGCGACUAUUUGCGACACCUUGCCGCGGGACAGAGGAUGGAAGGUGA